AUGACCAUCAAAGAGGUCUUCACCGAGUCGACUUUCGCCAAGUACAUCAAGGCAAUCCGAGAGUCCCCUAGGGAGCUCAUCGCGAACCGUAAUCUUCUUCUUACGGCUGCCCUCUACGCCACGGGCGGCAUUCCCAUCACAUGGGACCAAGGCUCAUCAUCCGUUGUACCCUCACUUCCGGGCUUCCAACAAGACUUCGGCAUCACCUCAGCCACAAACCCUACACAAGUCUCCAACUUCAUCUCCUUCGUCUACAUCGGAGCCGGCAUAGGCGCCGGCCUCUCCUUCUUCCUCAAUGACCGCAUCGGACGUAUGUGGUCGUACCGCCUGUACAUGAGCAUCUGGAUUCUUGGACAAAUCAUCGCCUCGGUCUCCUUUGGUCACCUUGGCGCCCUCUACACGGCCCGCAUAGUCUCCGGCCUGGGCAUCGGCGCCUUGACGGUCACCGGACCCGUCAGCAUCGUUGAGAUCGCCCCCACAGAGAUCCGCGGCCUCUUAGCCGUCUGGUUCAGCGUGGCUAUGCUUCUAUCCCUGACCGUCUCCGUCUUCAUCGUCUAUGCAAGCUUCGUCCACGUCGCCGUCGGCCGGAUGCAGUACCAGCUCGUCUUCUUCGCGCCAACAAUCGUCAUGGCGAUCCUAAUCGCGCUCAGCUUCUUCCUGUACGAGAGCCCUCGCUGGUUGUUCAUCGCCAGACGCGACGAUGAGGGAAUCAGCAACUUGAUCACCCUGCGAGGCCUCCCCGCCAGCCACCCCCGCGUGGCUCACGAGAUUGAAGACAUCAAGAUCCAGAUCGCCAAGGAGGAGCAGAAGUUUGGACGCAAUCCCGGUGUGUUGGUUCUGAUGAAGGACGCCUUCCUUGUUCCCACGAACCUGCGACGCGUGCAGCAGUGUGUGCUGUCCUACGCCCUCGCGCAGUUGUCUGGAGCGAAUAGUGUUACUUCCUACCUCGUUCCCAUCCUUGCCAUGGUGGGCGUCAGUGGAGGUACCUCGCGAAGCUUGUUCCUCAGCGGCAUGUACAGCAUGGCGAAGUUCUUCUUCACUCUGAUUGCAAGCUUCUUCUUCAUCGACGCCCUCGGUCGGCGCCGCAGCUUGUUCACUGGAAUUUCCAUCCAGAUGAUCUCUGAUCUGUAUCUUGGUGUUUUUAUCAAGUACCGUCAAGAAGGCACAGUUGCUCCUGGUUCAAGCGAGGCGGCUAUCGCAGCCAUCUUCAUCCAUGGCUUCGGCUAUGCCGUCGGUCUGCUUGUUCUGCCCUACGUCUUCGGCGCUGAGCUCUGGCCUAACCACCUCCGUUCGUUUGGCAGCGCCUUCUCCCAGCUCUUCCACUGGCUGUUCUUCUUCGGCGUCAACAAGGGUAUGCCUUCGUUGCUCAGCCAGACGCACAACUGGGGCGCCUUCAUCUUCUUCGCCGGAUGGUGCUUCCUCUCACUGGUUUAUGUCUACUGUGUUGUCCCCGAAACGUCUCAGCAGAGCUUGGAGCAGCUGGACGAGCUGUUCAAGGGCCCAUGGUGGAAUGUCAACCGCAGGGCCAAGCAGAUGAAGUUGCAAGCCCAGGCAGCCGUCCUUGAUGCCCAAGAGUCCAUCGAGUCUGAUUCCAACGUGGCAAAGGACAAGUCACAAGCCGUCGCCCAGAAGGUCUAG